UUGGUGAAUAUCUCGUGAUGCUCAUGACAUUUUGCAGCACUGUAGAUAAAGAUUGCGGUCGGAAAAUGUUUAAUAAUUCCAAUGCGCAAGUGAUAAACGGUACGGGAGGCAGAAGUUACAAAGUUGAAAUUGACUUUUAACGCCUUUAUCUAAAAAAAAGUCGAGUUUUGUUCGUCUGGCAGGUCUUUUGGUAAAUAUUUGAAGGGUUCCGUUGUGGAUCGCGGCACUACUUGAGUGUGCGAGAUUUGAAGUGCUGUUAUGGCAAAAUUUUAGUCUACGCAUGUCCCAUUCCGGCCUUUGUGUCUCGUCAGCUAACACCGCUCGGAAUGGAACUGAAGCUUCCUGUAGGUACUGACGAUUGGAGGCCACUGGUAUCGACAUUAGGACAUAAUUUCGAAUUGUGGUGAAACAUUUAUCUUCCCAGGACACUGGAUGGACAUGGGGCCUUUGUUGGUUUGGUGUAAUGGUGAACCUUUCCGUCUCCGUAGCCGCCGGCUAUCAAGUGAGCUCGAUCAAUGCACCAGCUAAACUCAUCCAAGACUGGCUCUGCACCGUCUUUGUUGACCGUUACGGAGUGCAGCUUACAGCCAAUGCACUCCAAAUCGUGUGGUCCGUAAUAGUGUCUACAGUGUUACUCGGUGGAAUUAUUACCUCCCAUUUCAGCGGCUACAUAGCCACAACCUAUGGCAGAAAAAAAUCAUUCCUAUGCUGCGCACUGCUACUCACCGGCGGUGCACUAUGCUUCCUUUGCUGCCGUGCCGCAUCAUCGGUGGAACUGCUGCUGCUCGGACGGCUUCUGGUCGGGCUGGCAUCUGGCCUCACGACCGGUGUGAUCCCCAUGUACCUGGCGGAGGUUUCGCCAAUCAAACUGCGCGGUGCCAUGGGUGUGCUGUGUCCGUUGGGGCUUACCACCGGGGUAGUAGUGGCGCAGGUCGCAAGCCUCGAGCAGGCGCUCGGGACGGAAGAGCACUGGCACUAUGCUUUGGGUUGCUUUGCGGUGCUGAAUCUGUUCUGCUACGCCUUUUACUUUUGGAUCCCCGAAAGUCCCAAGUACCUGUACAGUGUGAAGGGCGAUCAGGCCGGGUCGUUGCGCGCCAUCCGGAAGCUUUUCGGGCGGCACACGAUCGGGGACGAUUACAUUAAGCUGCAGAUGGAAUGCGCCAACGGCCAAAACAGUCCCUCGGCUCAGGAAGAUGGCCAACCGCAAGCGAAUCGAUCGCUCUGGUCGGUGGUACGGGAUCCAACGCUCACCCUACCGCUAGUGCUCGUGUGCGCUCUUCAGGGCGGCCAGCAGCUGUCGGGAAUAAAUGCGGUAUUUUUCUAUUCAGUGUCCAUUUUUGAAUCGGUUGGAUUUAGCUCGCAGGCAGCCAAGUUUGCUAAUCUGGGUGUAGGCUGCUUGAAUCUGUUCGCAUCGCUGUUUGGACCGCUGUUGAUGGCUCGUUGCAACAGACGAACCUUAUGUCUGCUGUCUUGCUCUUCCUGUGCGAUCAUUCUCUUCGUUCUUACCCUUUCUAUACAUUUCAUCCACCUGAUCGACUGGUUUUCGUACGUUUGUAUUGGAACCAUUUUACUGUACAUAAUAUUCUAUCAAUUCGGUCUCGGACCUAUUCCUUUCUUCAUUGGCUCGGAGCUUUUCGAUCUUGGACCUCGACCAACGGCCAUGGCGUUGGGAAGCCUUUCCUCCUGGGGGUGCAAUUUCGUCGUUGGGAUGGCUUUUCCAACGCUUCAAAAUAUAUGGGGCGCAUUCGUGUUUCUUCCCUUCUCCAUCACGUGCGUGUUGUUAACGGUUUUGAUUAAAUUUUACCUUCCCGAGACGAGAGGCAAGGAGGUGACCGACGUGGUCCCGAAGGUAGCGCAUGGUUUUCGUUCCAGAGUUAAGGAAUAAUUGUUAUGAGUUACAAAAAACUAAAACAAGCGUACCAGAAUGCGCUGAAAUGAAAAUAAUUCUUUAAACAUGCACCCAAACGAUAAAAUUAUUUAAAAAUUAACAACAAUUGGGACUGAUUAAUGGUUCAGAAAACAUGA